CAGACAGCUGAGGCAGAGUGGAGUGAGACCUACAGUAAGUGUCUCAGGAUCGAGGUUAAGGGAGAGAAUCAUGAUGAUGGAGUUCUGGAUGACUGCGGCGCUCUUCUGCCUGGCUAGCCAAGCUGCUGCUGCACAGGAGCCUAAACCCUGCCUGUCUCCAUCUCAAUACAUGGGAUCUCUGACAUACAUAAUGAAACUUGGGGAACUACAGUUACCGCUGUAUAAAUGUGAUUACAAUUAUGAUGCAAUCAAGGAACGCCUCCAAAUGAAAAUGUUUCGUGGUGAUGAAUUUCUCCAUGAGGACCUUUUCCUUUUUCAUGAGAGGGUUCACUACAGCUGGAGAGGAGACAGAUGUUCCAAGGAAGCCAUAGAGUCUCACUUUGAGUUUAUGCGUGUCCCCGAGAAUGCCACCUUUCUGUCCCAGGUGGUGCUGGGAACUUCCUCCAUAGCUGGACAUGGCCUGGUGGUCAACAACUGGAGGGACAGCACAGACACUCUGCUAUCCUUCACAGAUGCUGACUGUUUGCCAAUCUCACUAGACAUGGAAGACCCGGAUCUGGGUGUGUCUGCCUCUGCUAGGUUCUUCAACAAUCUCCUGGAGAGCCACCCUGAGGUCUUUGUCGUACCAGAUAUUUGCAAGCACAAACGGAAGACACUGAAGAGUCAGAAGCGUGCCACUGCUGAUCAAAAGGAGACUGAGGUCGCAAUCAGCUAUUUCCUUUCCUUUUUCCAAAAGCAGGGAUAGGAAGGGAAUACUGACAACUCUCUUCUAGCCACCAGACACAUUGUCGUCAUGUUGGCAUAUUUUUUCCUCGUAUAAUGCUUGGAUUAUUUUCUGUAGAUUCUGUGGCUUUUAAGAUUGGCCCUUUUCAAUAAUGCAAAU